AGAGAGACUCAGAGCGGGAGGGAGAGGCGGGGCAGGGCAGUGCCGCCCUGGGCUUUUCUUCUCACGUCUCACAGGGGAGAAGUGGGUUGCCGGCCAGUGCGGAUUUUUUUUUUUAACUCAAGAUUCUCUAAUUUCCCGCCUAAAGCCUCCCCCACGGUCGGGCCGCAUCCGCUGUAAUAAAAUGAAUUCUGAUUCGAGCUCUGUCUCCAGCAGAGCCUCAUCUCCGGACAUGGAUGAGUUAUACCUGAGGGACCACCACCACCGCCACCACCACCACCAAGACAGCCGCCUCAACUCGGUGUCGUCCACGCAGGGCGACAUGGUGCAGAAGAUGCCCGGGGAAAGCCUCUCGCGGACCGGCGCCAAGACCGCGGGAGAGAGCAGCAAGUACAAAAUCAAGAAGCAGCUGUCGGAGCAGGACCUACAGCAGCUGCGGCUGAAGAUCAACGGACGCGAGCGCAAGCGGAUGCACGACCUGAACCUCGCCAUGGAUGGACUGCGCGAGGUCAUGCCCUAUGCGCACGGGCCCUCGGUGCGCAAGCUCUCCAAGAUCGCCACUCUGCUGCUGGCCAGAAACUACAUCCUCAUGCUCACCAGUUCCCUGGAGGAGAUGAAGAGGUUGGUCGGCGAAAUCUACGGGGGCCACCACUCGGCUUUCCACUGCGGGACCGUAGGACACUCGGCCGGCCACCCGGCCCACGCAGCCAGCGCCGUGCACCCGGUGCACCCCAUCCUGGGCGGCGCGCUGUCAUCCGGCAACGCCUCGUCCCCGCUGUCCGCCGCCUCCCUGCCGGCCAUCGGCACCAUCCGGCCGCCCCACUCGCUGCUCAAGGCGCCCUCCACGCCGCCCGCGCUGCAGCUGGGCAGCGGCUUCCAGCACUGGGCCGGGCUGCCCUGCCCCUGCACCAUCUGCCAGAUGCCGCCGCCGCCGCACCUGUCCGCCCUCUCCACCGCCAGCAUGGCCCGGCUGUCGGCCGAGUCCAAGGACUUGCUCAAGUGAGCGGCGGGCGGCCCGGGCUGCGGCUGCGGAGGACCAGGGCGGAGCGGCGGGAGGGGCCUCGGGGCCCGGACGGUCGAGGGAGGCUGGGCCCUCGGCCUGCGGGUGCGGGGUCCGCGGCCUUCCACGCCGCCGAGAGGUCUCGCCUCGCCCUGGACCCCCGGGGGUGGGGAAGAGACCAAAACCAAACUGCGAUUUCUAGGUGGUAGCGAAGGGGACUCUGGCCCAGACGUCGUGUUUGCAUGCAUGCUGCUUUUCCCCUUGCCGCGCCAGUAUUUCUCACUGCCAUAUGCUCUUGUCAGAAACCGCAUUUGUUGUAUAAAGAUGGGAUCGGUGUAGUUAAAAACUUGGGGAGGAACUUUCCGAGUUGGCUUUCUCUGGCUCUGUGUUUUCACCUCAGAAAAAGGUGGCCAUCCCUUCUGCGCAAAACAAAUGUAAAUAUUUCCCUGAGGUGGAUGCAGUUAUGGUUGUCUCUGGCUUUGCCAUAGUUUUUCUAGAGACAAUGGAGAGAGAGAGAGAGAGAGAGAGAGAGAGAGAGAGAGAGAGAGAGAGAGAGAGAGAGAGAAUAUCUCCAGACUCAAGUUUUGAAUCUCAACUCCGGUCCAGGGCAUGACACCUCUGUGGGUUUUCCUUUCCACAAAAUGUAGGUCACAAGAAUGCAUGCAGGCUCUAAAUGAUUCUUUUCUAACCAUAUUGUGCAGGCCUCGGUGCCAUUUUCCUUGUAACAAGGAUUUAUUAGUGAAUUCUCCGAAGUCCUCCACGUAUCUGUCUGUGGUUGUAUGGAAUGAACAGGGGGCAGAGUACAAAGACUUACACUCAUACACGUGCUUCUUCCCCUACCCCACACCCUGCAAACUUCACUCCAAACCUUCCUGCUGUUCUGGGGGCCUGGAUUGCAAAAGCUUGGACUCCAUCCAGUACCUUGCCCACCCCUCUUGCUCAGUUAUUCUGCAUGUGGGGUGGGUGACUCUUUCUGUUAUCACCUUUGAAAGCUCACUGUGGGUUGGGGAGGGUGCUCUUUUUAUUUUCCUGAACAUUUGCUUGAAAUAUUUUGU